AUGGCUUAUAACAACUUCUCCAGCCUCCUGCUCAGCUCCCUGCUCCUCCUGUACCUCCUCUUCACACUGAACUAUGACCUAGCAGUGGCUGGAGGGAUCGCUGGCUGCAUUGGUACACUACUGACAGUUGCCCUCUUCCUGUCAAAGAGAGUAAGGUGCCUUGGGACUCUUUUCAUGAUCUCUAUUUUCAUGAAGAAGAGUCGGAACCUACUCCUGACCGCCGGGACCAGUUUAGUGGUUCUUAGAAAUAUCCGCAACACCUUGGAGAACCUCACGGGCCUGAGCAGGAGUCUGAUUUGCAACCUGAAGGCCAAGAAAGCGGCUAUCGUUGCUCCGUUCAGUAACUAUGUAAACAUGUUGAAGUGGAUAGGAAACAUGCUCAAGGGGGUUACAGACUUAGGGGUUUUGAACCUUGAUUCAAAACUCAAGGUUUCACCUAGAUUGGAAUCAGAAGAAUUCAGGGUGAAACUCAGUGAAGCAGAGCAGAAACUGAAUGAAACAGUGAAGUAUGUUCAGUCAGUAAUGAAUACAGUCUCCUCUGUGAGCGAAAGGAUGUUUCCUGCCAUCAGCUUCCUGGUGCUCACCAUGUUUAUAGCGCUGCACAUAAAAAAAUUCUGCAAUGACAUGAAAUACAGAAACAGGUUCAUAAGCAGCAAGUUUGUUCGUUUUGACGAACAGCAGAAGGCGGAAGGAAAGCCUCACGUACUCCCCCUCACAGCGGAGGAGGAGAAGCUGUACACCACCAUCCCCUCCAUCAGUCCAACCACCAAAGAGGGGAAAGCUAUCCUGAAAUUUGGUGUUCCGGUUGCCUCCCAUUUUGUAUCUUGGGUCAUGUUUAUAACAGUGGACGCCUUAUUGUACUACUUUGUUGACAUUGUAACAACAAAGUUGUCAGAGCUGGAACCAUUCCAUGUCCCACUGUUAAUGAGCAUCAAAGGGAUUGCAACUUUAAUAGGUAUACCAUUUGCUGAGCAAAACCAUCAAAAAGACUUUUCCUACACUGUGACCCUGUUUGAGAAGAGGUGCCUUCCUAAACCCAAGCUGCUGCUCUAUAACUCCAUAGUUCCUUUGGCUGUCAUCCUGCUCAUCCUGUUCGUUAUGGCUCUGAUGGCCUCCAAAGUGGCCCAGCUCAGACUGAUGGUCUGUGAGCGAUUCUUCUCCACGGCUGCCGAGGCGAGAGUGGAAUACCUGCAUGCCAAAAUCCUGAGGAAGAGAUUAAAAAAGAGGACAAGCCCACUCAAGUCGCUAUAUUUUAAGCCACAUUUCUGGUGUCCUCUACUCUUCAAGCAUAAAGUGGAUUCACAAAGUGUCGUGUGAGGAAGUUAUUAUGUUAUGCUGCAUUUCUUUUUGUUUUGUUUUUUGUUCUGUGAAUAAGAAAGCAUUAGAAAGUCUCUCGGUAAGGAUUCUCACUGAUCCUCACUUGUACUUUUUGUGUGUGUGUGUGUGUGUGUGUGUG